AUGGCUAUUACCAAAAAACAACAAAUUCGUGGUACAAGAAUAUUAUUAACGGUUUUUUAUGGAUUUCUUCUAUCAAGUAUAUUAUUUCGUUAUAUUGUCCAUGGAAUUGUUGAGACAAUUCGACGACCGACAAACCCAUAUGCUAUUACAAUGAUCGUUCUGGGUACUCUUAUUCUCAUUUCAAUUGGUUUAGCAAUUUAUGCUACAUGGUUUGAGAAUACAAUAAUAAUGUUAGUUUCAGGUAUUGUUCUUAUAUGUGUAUUCGUUUUAACACUUGUUUUUGGUGUUAUACGUAUUGUUAAUAUGGCACCUCAUCGCGUAAUUACAGCAACGCUUUCACCAACUGUAGAUGGAUCAUCAAAUUCUAUUGGAGAAUCAAACAAAAUCACAACUACUAAGGAUACUUAUGCUCUUGCCGAAGAUGUUACAGAAUUAAUUAUUGAAUUAGUUUUCAUUCUCUUUGCUAUUCUUGCUACUUUUGUUCUCUAUCGUUAUGUUAAAGCAAAAUAUACUCCUGUAUCAACAACUGAAACAAAACCAACAUAA